UUUUUUUAUCAUAAAACUUAAAACCUCUAAAAACCCCUUCCAGAAACCUUGUUGUGUGUCUGACAGGGGAAACUAUGAUGGUUGAAAAGCUUGAUGCGGAAUGCAGCUUCCAAGUGUUUCCAUUCUCUCUUGUCACCAUUCCAAUCCAUUUUUGUGGUCUCUCCUUCAAUCUCCCACCUCCACACGCACCCUUUCUACGUUACCCACAAUGAUGAACUUGUUGAUUCCUUCCACGCCUUUUUCCGGCGUUGUCUCACUCUGCAUCAAGCUCGCCAGCUUCACUCCCAAUUGUUUCUCACCGCCACGCAUCGUUUACCAUUCUUGGCCGCCAGCCUCAUAGCCCUUUACGCCCGCUUUGGCUUUCUCUCUGACGCUCGCAAAGUGUUUGCUGCAAUCCCAGUUGAGGGACUCCAUCAUCUUCUUUUGUGGAAUUCCAUUAUCAGAGCCAAUGUCUCUCAUGGCUACCAUCAACACGCGCUUCAACUUUAUCUUGAAAUGCGAAACCUUGGAAUUUUUCCCGACGGCUUCACUCUUCCCUUGAUAAUACGGGCCUGCUCGUCUCUGGCUGUUUCUGAUCUCUGCAGGAUUGUCCAUUGUCAUGCUUUGCAGCUGGGUUUUCGGAACCACCUUCACGUCGUCAAUGAACUUGUGGGUAUGUAUGGGAAGCACGGGCGAAUGGAGGAUUCUCGCCAACUGUUUGAUGGAAUGUCUGUUAGAAGCCUAGUCUCGUGGAAUACUAUGGUUUCGGGUUAUGCUUUCAACUGUGAUUCUCUUGGUGCUUCUGCGAUUUUUAAAAGGAUGGAGUUGGAAGGUUUGCAGCCGAAUUCCGUGACAUGGACCUCUCUCUUGUCAAGUCAUGUUAGAUGUGGGCUUUAUGACGAAACUCUAGAGUUGUUUAAGUUGAUGAGGACAAGGACAAUUGAAAUCAGUGCUGAAGCAUUGGCCGUGAUGUUGUCUGUGUGUGCUACUAUGCUUCAAGUUGACUGGGGUAAAGAAAUCCAUGGGCAUGUUGUUAAAGGUGGAUAUGAAGAUUAUUUGUUUGUGAAAAAUGCUCUGAUAGGUACAUAUGGAAAGCACCAAAAUUUGGGGGAUGCACAAAGGGUGUUUUUUGAUAUAAAGAAUAAGAGCCUAGUCAGUUGGAAUGCUUUGAUAUCGGCGUAUGCUGACUCUGGAUUGUGUGAGGAGGCCUAUGCAACAUUUUUGCAGAUGGAGAAGUCAUGUACGGAUGGUCAAUCCCCAGUGAGGCCUAAUGUUAUAAGUUGGAGUGCGGUGAUUGGUGGCUUUGCUUCUAAGGGGCUUGGUGAGAAGUCACUGGAACUUUUUAGGCAAAUGCAGCUUUCUAAAGUAAUGGCAAAUUGUGUGACAAUUUCCUGCGUUUUAUCGGUUUGUGCAGAGUUAGCUGCAUUGAACGUUGGCAGAGAGCUCCAUGGUUAUGCCAUUAGGAAUUUGGUGGGUGACAAUAUAUUGGUGGGAAAUGGUCUGAUUAACAUGUAUAUGAAGUGUGGGAACUUCAAGGAAGGACAUCUAGUGUUUGAUAGUAUUAAGGGUAGAGAUUUAAUUUCGUGGAACUCGUUAAUUGGGGGUUAUGGAAUGCAUGGGCUUGGUGAGAAUGCUUUAAGAAGUUUUGAUGAGAUGAUUAGAGCUGGAAUGAAGCCAGACAACAUCACUUUUGUGGCUAUUCUAUCUGCUUGUAGUCAUGCUGGACUUGUUGCCACUGGUCGAAACAUUUUUUAUCAGAUGGCCAGAAAGUUUAGGAUUGAACCUAAUGUAGAGCAUUAUGCAUGCAUGGUUGACCUCCUUGGUCGUGCUGGACUUUUGAAGGAAGCAACUGAUAUUGUUCGAAAUAUGCCUAUGGAACCUAAUGAGUAUAUGUGGGGAGCUCUUUUAAACUCAUGUAGAAUGUAUAGAGACGUGGACAUUGCAGAAGAAACAGCAUCACAAAUUCUAACCCUGAAGUCAAAAAUAACUGGUAGCAUCAUGCUGCUGUCCAAUAUAUACGCUGCAAAUGGAAGGUGGGAUGACUUCGCAAGAGUGAGAGUGUCAGCAAGGACAAAAGGUCUUAAAAAAGUACCUGGUCAGAGUUGGAUUGAGUUGAGAAAGAAAGUUUACAUGUUUUCAUCAGGGAAUUCAGUCCAUUUGAGUCUGGAUGAAGUUUAUGUGAUCCUUGAAGAAUUGGCCCUUCACAUGGCGAGUGAAAAUUAUAAUCUAUAGUUGCUUUUGUCUAGAAAUUUAUUUAUGAUCACUCAUUACUCUUGUUGCAAUCUGGGAGCCAAGAGGGUAGAUAUUAUAUCUUGCCCUCACUUAUUCCAUGAACUACUGGUCAAUGACACUCUGAAUUUGAGUUAUCCAGAAAAUUUUGGCUAGAUAUCAAUAUAUUUUGCCAGAGUCAAUUAUUUUUACGUCCAUUUUUGGAGUGGGUUUAAUAUGGUUUAAGGUUUCACAAAAAAUAAGCGAGAUUUUAUUUUAUUUUUUUAGAAUUUGGAAUUAAUAUUUUUCUCUUGUAAAUUUUUAUUUUUUAUUUUCAUAUCGUUAUUUUUUAAAAAUCACUAUCUUUUAUUUAUAGCUUUGUUUUAAAGUAAAUGAAUAGAUUAAUGUCAUUUUAUAAGCCUUCAUUUUGUUCCAUGGAGUUGCCUGACAUUUCUCUUCAAAGACUAUGUAUGCACUCACAUGAAAUGGGAUUCUAAAGGCAAGUGAACUUUUAUUGCACCAUAAAAUGAAGGGAUUUUCAUAAAUGUUUUAGGCUACACUUACAUCAUGAUAAGCAAAGGCAGGCUUUUCAAAUGUCAGUGCAAUCUUGCAGAAACUGAGAAUACUUUAAAAAUUCUUUAAUUCAUUAUCUAAAUUCAUCAAUAUCAAGUUAUAUUUAUUAAAAGCAACUUUGAACUAAAAUCACAAAUUCAUCAAUAUCAAGUUAUAUUUAUUAAAAGCAUCUUUGGACUAAAAUCACAGAGCCCUUUUAUUAAAAGGACUCUUCCAAAAAUAGGCGUAUGCCAUUUAGCGAGACAAACACACGGUAUUCUUUAGUAAAAGGCGAAAGAAUAGUUCGCUAUGUGUUUAUAUCAUGGCUCCGUGAGAGAUUACUGAAAAGUAUUUUUGUAUUAUAUUGUCAUCAUUCAUCUGUUCAUACAUUACCACAGUCGAUGUGGGUUUUGGUCAGAAAUCCUAUUUGGUCACCAUCUAA